AUGGAUGCUAAUGCAGAACAUCAUAAACAAUUUGAUUAUUGCAAAACUCGCCUGAAAUACAGACAAGGCAGACAACUUAAGGCAGUGAAGGUAUAUACGGUGGUCAGUGAAUCGCAAAAUUUACUCAUAUUUGGAGUGCCAAAAAUUAAUCUAUUACAAGAAUUAAAACAGCGUCUUUUAAGAUUUGGUAAGUUAUAUCAUGUACGCAAUGUUACCACUGAAAUGAUAGAAAGACAAUUGGAAUUAGAGCAAUUUACGGAAGUGUAUUGGGCAAAGUUUUAUAAAAUUUACGAGGCCCGUAAAUGUAAACGUUAUAUGGAUGCUAAAGAAUUUUAUGGUGGUAUUUUGCACAUAUCUUAUGCUCCUGAAUAUGAAACAAUUUUAGAGCUAAAAGAAAAAUUACAAAAAAGAAAAUUGGAAGUUGAAUACUCAUUGAAACGCAACAAAAUUUAUAACCAUAAUGAAAAAAGAAAUAAACAAUAAUGUAAGUUAAAUAAAGCAUGUUCAGUUUGCAAUUGUUGUAGAAAAACAAGUGAAAA